UUUUAUUUGAUACAUUAAUUCAAAGUCACAAUUCGGAAAAUAACCAAAUUAAUCUUAAAUAACGCAAAAGAUUAAAAGAAGAAAAUAAUCAAGCAAUGUUUAACUAUCUGGUUUCGAAUGGGACAAGUUUGCACGGAACUGACGUCAGAUAACAUCCGGCAUAGUUUACCCAUGCAAGUCCCCUGUCAGGUCAACAUGUUGGCUUUUAGAGGAAUUCAAACAUUUAGGCACCUUUUUUUGCAGCGUGGAGCCACAAGGCUACACAGUUCAUCCACGUCCGCAAAUGUAACCCCAAAAAAGGACGACAUGCCUAUACAGAUGGAAAACCCUUUCAAGGAACCCCAGAAGGGGUGUAUUCUCUGCAACACCACCGUGGAUUACAAGAAUAUACAGUUGCUUUCCCAGUUUAUAUCCCCACACACUGGUAGAAUCUACGGCCGACACUUAACAGGUUUAUGUGGAAAGAAACAGAAGCAAGUGUCCAAAGCUAUCAAAAAAAGCCACGCAAUGGGUUUCAUGUCAGUGACCCACAAGCACCCGCAGUUUAUGAAGGAUCCCAACAUCUGUGCUGCAAAAACUUUGAGUGGUGCAUAAAAUGUUUAGUUUAUUAUUUCUUUAUUAAAGUAAAAGCUCUGAAUGAAUUGUUAUGUAUGCCCUUUGCUUAUCGAUUAUUUUGUUGAUCAAUAAAUGUAUUUGAAUUCAUGAAAUAA